CCGGCAGGGAGCUGUCCUAGCCAACUGCCUGAACAACUGCACCAGCCUCAGCGGGCCGACCGCCGUAGGACACCAAAGCCAACCCCAGUCACAAUCCGCCUCUCGGCUCCGCUGCGGUCUACGCGACGCUCGGCUGCGUCUCCAUGGCAACAGUUAACAGCGCUCCAGGACCUGAGGUGCGGGGUCCUUAGAGCAUAGGUGUGUCUAACACACUGCCGGACGGAACGUGCGCUGGCUGGGCUGUUUCCCUUCGCUCCAAGCUCGGGUUUGAGGGUGGCCCUGUGAUGUGCUAGGUCUAACGUGCCUUCCUAAAUAAUAUUGGGGCGCACAGUUCUUGUUCUGUAAUCAGGCGGCGCGGUGGAUACCCGAGAACCGGCCAACCGCUGACAGUCGCCUGCUGCUGCGGCUAGCGCUGUGUUGUGUUGAGCUGGCACUUGGCUCUGGGCUGCCUGGCGGCGAGGACCGGGAGCGCGAGGAGCCCGACUCCCCGGGCACGCAGAAAAGGGGGUCUUCAGUUUCAGAGAGUGUGACAACCACUGAUAAUCAAGAUAUAUAUAUAGGGACUGCAAAUCUGAUGUUCAAUACAACUAGUUCUGCACUGCUCACAAGAUGGACACUUUGUUUCUCUCCCUCUCAUUACAUGGAAUGUCCCCCUUAGAGGUGGCACCCUAGCUGGAUGCCUACUUAGCUGUUUGUAAAGAGGCUUCACUUAUAAACAAAGACACAAGGGAAAAAUGACAUUCAGAAAAGUGAACAUUGCCAUCCUUGUACUUGCUAUUGUUAUAUUUUUAUUAGUUCUGCAUCACAAUCUUCUAGGUCUCAGUGACUUUUUGAAACGAGAUGUAGCAGAUUCAAGUCCAUUAGGACUCCAGCCAAUAGAUUUCAUACCGGAGGCUCCUCAAAGGCUGACUGACGAAAUAAAUGAUCAGGAAAUUCCUGUGGUCAUUACAGCAUCGGAUGACAGGCUUGGAGGUGUAAUUGCAGCCAUGAACAGCAUUUAUCAUAACACUAAAUCCAACGUGGUGUUCCAUAUUGUCACUCUAAAUGAUACAGUGGACCAUUUGAGGGCGUGGCUGAGUAAAACUGCUCUGAAAAAGGUGAAAUACCGAAUUUUGGAUUUCGACCCUCGUGUUUUGGAAGGGAAAGUGAAGGUGGAGUCUGAACAGGCAGAUUCCAUAAAACCAUUAACCUUUGCAAGAUUCUACUUACCUAUGUUCGUUCCUCAUGCAGAGAAGGCCAUAUACAUGGAUGAUGAUGUAAUAGUGCAAGAUGAUAUCCUUGAACUUCACAACACACCCCUGAAACCUGGCCAUGCAGCUGCAUUUGCAGAUGACUGUGACUCAACCUCUAAUAAAUUUGCUAUCCGUGGAGCAGGGAAUCAGUACAAUUAUAUUGGAUUUUUAGACUAUAAGAAACAAACAAUCCGGAAGCUCGCCAUGAAAGCCAGCACCUGCUCUUUCAAUCCAGGGAUCAUUGUUGCUAAUCUAACAGAAUGGAAACUACAGAACAUCACUAAGCAAUUGGAGAAAUGGAUGACACUUAAUGUAGCAGAGGACUUAUACAGCAGAACUCUGGCAGGUAGCAUUGCCACACCACCACUGCUAAUUGUAUUUUACAAGCAACAUUCUAAUAUUGAUCCCAUGUGGAAUGUCCGACAUCUUGGCUCUAGCACUGGAAAAAGGUAUUCUCCUCAGUUUGUGAAAGCUGCCAAGUUGCUCCAUUGGAAUGGGCAUUUCAAACCCUGGGGAAGAACAGCUUCAUAUGUUGAUGUCUGGGAGAAGUGGUACAUCCCGGAUCCCACUGGCAAGUUCAGCCUGAUCCGCAGACACUCUGAGAUCUCUGAGUCCAAGUAAAUGGAUUUAUAUGAACUAUUGUCAUUUUCUCAGGAAACUCUUGGAGCCAGCAGUGUUUCUUUCAGCUGAUUUGUAUUACAGAGCAGUCUUUGCUUCUCUGGAGCACAGGGGAAAGUACAUUUUCAGAUGAAAUGAUCAACUGUACCAAACUGCAUCCCUGAAAAAGACUUAUUUCAAAUACGAUUGGGGAAACUUAGUCCAGCCGCACUAUGAAGAGCAGAGAAACAGCUACAUGAACUAGAAUUUUUGCUAGGCAAUUCCUUUUAAUUACAUUCUUCCAGUCCAGUGCUAGUCUUCUGUGUUUGAUAUUUUGUCAGCUACAGAAAUAGAUGUCUCUUGUUCGUAGGAACAGUUUAUCUGGGUGACAGCCACACGCAAAUCUUGCGCACCAAUUUAUUAUAAUCAAAAGUUGCUACUGGUUUCUUGGUAUCUUAUCUUAUCCUCUGAUAUAUGGAGCUUUAUAAAAGGCAUUUUCUCUUGCAUGAAGACCCACUCACCAUUUAUAUUUAACCCUUUCUUGCACUGUCUCACUGUGUAUAUGAACUUAAUCUAUAUUUUUCAAAGGCGAUUCCUCAAGUGUUAUUUCACUGAGAAUUGUUUUUUAUGUGAUUGCUACGCAACACAAACUGUUUUUAAAGGUGUGGAAUAAACUAAACUUUGUAAAAAAAUAAAAUGAUUUUAGGUUAA